UUACAAAUCACGUCAAAAUGUUUACAAUAAUGGACAAAUGAUGACAGAAACAGCAAUCCAUUCACAACAUCAACAACAAGUUUAUCCACCUUUAAUAAGUUCGCCAUCAAUCCAAACAACUCGUUUGCAACAACAACAUAUUUACACUAUUGGUCAACCAGUUGUUGGUGAUGUUGGGAAUAUUGGUGGGGGAACAACAGCGACAACAGCAAUACCUUUGGAUUUGGCUAUUCAACAAAAUAUGACUGUCCAAGAGCUUAUUCAGACAUUAAAAGUCCAAGGAGGAAACCGAAAUACAAAUACACAAAUUAUUCUUCAAACAAAUGCAAAUAUUCCUUCAACUCCUACUCCAACUUCCACAAUUUUAACAACAAAUGAUCGCCAUCCUAUCCAGAAUCAACAAGAAACUCCUGACAGUAGUAGCCAAGAAGCUAGCAUUCAAGAGAAUGCUCUAAAGGCUGGAUAUCCUAAAAAAGAUAAAAGCGACAAUAAUCAAAUGAAAAAAGGGCGUAAAAAGAAGAAAGGAGAAAAUGAGCAAAAAUUCGAAAAUAUUAUUUUAAAAACUGAUGUUGUUGAAAAAAUUGAUUUGGAAGCUAAUGAAAGAGGAAAACAAAAAAUUGGGCAAAUAAAUAAAGAGGAGGAGAAGUUGGGGAGUGCUGGUGGACAAUUACAAGCAGAGGCUAAAAUAAAGAAACAAACAAGUACUACGACAAAUGUACCGGGGAACGUUUCAACUGUUCCAAAUCAAAAACAGCAACAACGCUUUGAAGAAUUGGAAGCCCAAUUGAAGAAAUUAAACAAACAAUUGCUUACUGAAAAGAAUAAAGCAGCAACACAAAAGAAGCGUGCAGACAAAGCAUUAUCUGAUUUGGAGAGAGCUUCUGAUUCUAUUCAAUUGUUAAAAAUUGAUUUGGCUUGUCAAAAGACUGAUAACAAUACACUUAUUUCUGAAAAUAUUGCCUUAAAAGCAGAAAACCAACAACUUCGUUCUAAAGAAAAAAGAACAAGUUCUGGCCCAUCUACAGCAUCCGGAACACCAAAAAAUAGGAAACGAAAAGAAAUUACUGAAGAGCCCGAAAUUAUAAAAAAUGAAAAAGGCGGAGGGGGAAGAAGUCGAAAAGCAACAACAAAUAGUCUAAAAACUGAUAAUUUACCAGAAAAAACCCUUACACCUCCCCCACUUUCUUCAGAACUUGGACGACGGCAAAGUAAAAGAAUUUGUGUGGCAAGAAAUCAAUUUAUGAGAAAUUUAUUUUAA